GAGCCGGGGUUGUGUUUCAGGGGCACCACGGUGUCUGGUUGGUGCCUGCUCCUGUCCCUCUUGGGGCGGGGAUGGCAGGGCAGGGGUAGGACUUGCUGGCCAGGCGGCUGGGGAGAAAGGAGCCCCCUGGGCGCGCUGCAGAGCCAGGAUCCAGCCGGGAGAGCCGCGCCGGGGUCCGGAGGGCAGCGCAGGGCAGCCAGCCACAGCCGCGGCCCCAUGGAGCACAACGCGGGGCCGAGCAGCGAUCCUGAUGCCGGAGGGGGCGAGGGCAAGGAGAAGGGCGCCGUAGGGGCAGAGGGCAGCGCUGGGCAGCCCGUCCCUGCAGCCACGCAGCCUGCGGAGAGCCAGCCUGGAGAGGCAGGAGAGGGCAGCCCUGGGGCCGCUGCCCCCACAGCCGUGCAGCCGGCGGAGAGCGAACCCGGAGAGAUGGCAGAGGGCAGCUCUGGGCAGCCGGUCCUCGUGGCUACGGAGCCAGCGGAGAGCAAGACUGACGGGCCCGGAGAGGGCAGUGCCGGGGCCCCGGCCCCCCCAGCCGUGCAGCCGGCGGAGGGCGAGGCUGGAGAGCGCCUGGCAGGCAUGGAGCAGGGGGCCGAGCGCCUGAGCCUGCCCGAGCGGCCGAACCUGCAGCAGAGCUACAGCUGCCCCGCUGCUCCCCAGAGGGUAGCGGAGGAGCCCGGGCCAGGAGCUGCCCAAGGCCCUGCAGCGCAGGGGGAGGAGAGGCCUCAGGGUCCGGCGGCUCCCACCACGGCAGCCGACGCGAUGCCUGGAGACCUUGACAUGGUGGAGGGGCCCUACCUGCCUGCGGAUGCUCUAGGGUCUCCAGAGACGCCCGAGGGCGAUGGCGAGGACAGAACAUUGCCAGAGCCCCCCAGCUCCACAGAGCCCCCCCAGCCGGCUCCAGGCGAGAGCCCUGCCGAGAAGCCCCCUGAAGAGGAGGGGACAGCCGGACCCUCGUCCCCUGAGCUGGAGCCCCCGCCCAGCCCCUACCUCACGCCGGACUUCGGGAAAGAGGACCCCUUCUCCAUCCUGGAUGACAUGCCCCCGCCGCCAGCCCCCUUCACCCACCGCAUCGUCACGCUGAAGUCGGCCAACCCCAGCACCUUGUUCAGCAUCAAUACCAAGGACAUCCUGGGGGGAGGGAAGUUCGGGGAAGUUCGCACCUGCACGGAGAAGCAGACGGGGCUCAAGCUGGCUGCCAAGAUCAUCCGGAAACAGGGCCCCAAGGACAAGGAGAUGGCUCUGGUCGAGAUCGACGUCAUGAACCAGCUGAACCACCAGAACCUGAUCCAGCUCUACGAUGCCAUCGAGACGCCGCGGGAGAUCAUGCUCUUCAUGGAGUUCGUGGAGGGCGGGGAGCUGUUCGAGCGCAUCAUCGACGAAGACUACCACCUGACGGAGGUGGACUGCAUGGUGUUCGUGCGGCAGAUCUGCGACGGCAUCACCUUCAUGCACCACAUGCGCGUCCUGCACCUGGACCUCAAGCCGGAGAACAUCCUGUGCGUGGCGGCCACCGGGCACAUGGUGAAGAUCAUCGACUUCGGCCUGGCCCGCAGGUACAACCCCCGGGAGAAGCUGAAGGUGAACUUCGGGACGCCCGAGUUCCUGUCCCCCGAGGUGGUCAGCUACGAGCAGGUCUCCUACUCCACGGACAUGUGGAGCAUGGGUGUCAUCACCUACAUGCUGCUCAGCGGCCUCUCCCCCUUCAUGGGGGACAACGACACGGAGACCCUCAACAACGUGCUGGCAGCCGACUGGUACUUCGACGAGGAGACCUUCGAGGGCAUCUCGGAGGAGGCCAAGGACUUCGUCUCCAAUCUCAUCAUCAAGGAGAAGAGCGGCCGGUUGAGUGCGGCUCAGUGCCUGAAGCACCCCUGGCUCAACAACCUGGGCGAGAAGGCCAAGCGCAGCAACCGGCGCCUCAAGUCCCAGGUCCUGCUCCGGAAAUAUGUCAUGCGGAGGCGCUGGAAGAAAAACUUCAUCGGCGUGUGCGCUGCCAACCGGUUCAAGAAGAUCAGCAGCUCGGGGUCCCUGACGGCGCUGGGGGUCUGAGCGCGGGGCCGGACUGGCGGGAAGGG